GAACAGCAGCAACGAAAAGACCUCAAAACAAUUUCAUCACCGCCCUCCCCCAGACGAAAACUUCAAUCUUCUCCACGUCGAAUCUCUCUCGAUUCUGCUAAGCCUUCUUCUUCUUCGUCUUUCCUCCCCACUCAGUGUUUGUUCGCUGCUUCAACUCCUUCAGUCACAAUGGCCGCUGCUCAGGUUUCUCUGUCCGAGCCCAAGAAGCUCGAGGGCUUCUCGCUCUACUCCCGCUUCGCCCUCGCCGGCGCUGUCUGCUGCUCCGUCACCCACGGUGGUCUGACUCCCGUCGAUGUCGUCAAGACCCGUAUCCAGCUCGACCCCGUCACCUACAACCGCGGCCUCAUCGGUGGCUUCCGCCAGGUCAUCCAGAAUGAGGGCGCUGGCGCUCUCCUGACCGGUGCCGGCCCUACCUUCGCCGGUUACUUCCUGCAGGGUGCCUUCAAGUUCGGCGGUUACGAGUUCUUCAAGUCCCAGUUCAUCAACGGCCUGGGCCUUGAGACUGCCUCCAACAACCGAACUGCCAUCUACCUGGCCUCCUCUGCCGCCGCCGAGUUCUUCGCCGACAUUGCCCUCUGCCCUCUCGAGGCUACCCGUAUCCGUCUCGUCUCUGAGCCCACCUACGCCAACGGCCUCAUUGGCGGUUUCUCCAAGAUGCUCAAGAACGAGGGUAUCGGCGCCUUCUACGCCGGUUUCGGACCCAUUCUCUUCAAGCAGAUCCCCUACACCAUGGCCAAGUUCGUCGUCUUCGAGAAGGUUUCUGAGGCUGUCUUCCGUACCUUCCCCAAGGAGAGCCUCUCCGACGGCAUGCAGACCACUGCCAACCUGGGCUCUGGUCUGAUUGCUGGUUUCGCUGCCGCUAUCGUUUCUCAGCCCGCCGACACCAUGCUCUCCAAGAUCAACAAGACCAAGGGUCUCCCCGGUGAGGGCACCACCAGCCGCCUGAUCAAGAUCGCUCGUGAGCUUGGUCUCCGUGGCUCUUACACCGGUAUCGGUGCUCGUCUCUUCAUGGUCGGAACCCUGACUGCCGGUCAAUUCGCCAUCUACGGUGAUCUCAAGAAGGCUCUGGGCGCCGUCGGCGGUGUCGAGAUUGCCAAAUAAAUGCACUUCUAACGACUUGACGACAAAAAAACGGAGUAUGAGGAAGACGCGUGAAGACAAAAGUUGGACCGAGAUUUCGAAGAUGGGGCAGCUAUAUGGAUACUGCCCAAGGGCUGGGCUUUCCUACCAUAUAGAAGGGAAACAGUCUUGAUUUUGACGGGGAACUUAAGGUUCCCUGUUUGGUUGUUUGGCCGGGUUGAAGGAUGCGGUUCUAGAAACAGGCGCUGGUAUACAUCUCUUGGUUGCCUAGAGUAGAGUAUAGAGUCGGCAGACCACUUGGCACCCCCGCUAAGGGUUGUAUAAUAGUCAAUCUUCUUGCGUUAUCUAAUAGACUUGGUUAAAGCCA